GUUUGUGUGUGUUUGUGUGUGUGUGCGUGUGAGUGUUAUUGUGUAAACGUUUAUAUGGCAAUUUAGCGAGAUAUAACCUGUCUGCACGCACCCAAUACAGGAGAUAAGUGGGAGGGAAAGCGCCUGAUCUGUUUACGCGUGCAAAUCUCCAGAUAGGGGUUAUUGCCUAUUGUGUCAAAGUCCACCGCCGUGUCACCAAUCUGGCGCUAUUUCUCAAACCCGUCAUUUCCGUCUAGGAUCAUGCGUGGGCUAAGACGCUCGCAGAAUCCGUUAAUGGCUCUAAUAUCUGUAUAGCGGAUAUAGAGAGAAGACGUGUGCCUUCAUAUCGAAGAUUCGUGUGCGCAUAACAAGAUAUAGUAGGACGGAUAAGCGCAUGGAUUGUGCACUUUUGGUUAGCUCAAUAUUUAUUACAGUGGUUAGUUACAGCUCGUAAAAGCGCCGACGUACUUUAGUGUUUCUAGUAGUACUUUAGCAAAACCGAAAACCGACGUGCUUUAGACAAGUCUUCACCGCGAGCAGUUGUCGAUCAUAGCAAGAUGUCGCCACCAUCGCAAAGCCUUACAUUUACCGUCGUCGACGGCGUCGUCUUCGGCGCGUCGCUGCUCGUGUCGGCAGGCAUCGGUGUCUACUACGCCAUCAGGGGUCGCCACGGUCAGCAGACGACGAGCGACUACUACGUCGGCAAUAAAAAGAUGAGCAUAUUUCCGGUCAGCCUGUCUCUACUCGCUAGCUUCAUCUCCGCUAUCGCCGUCGUUGGCGUCCCCGCCGAAGUCUAUUACUACGGACUAGAGAUGACCACCUAUUCGCUGUCAGGGUUCGUUGCUUUCCCUCUCGCCUGCUUGGUCUACCUGCCCGUCUACCAUCGUCUCGCCGAGAAACGUGACGUCACCAGCGCCUACGAGUAUCUGGAGCUGCGAUUCAAUAAACCAGUUCGAAUACUUGGCACGUUGGUCUACGUAAUCAUGACGUUCACCUACAUGGCGAUAGUGCUUUACACUCCAGCUCUAGCGCUCGCACAAGUGACAGGAAUAUCGUUGAGUGCGACCAUAAUCGUCAGUGGAACUGUCUGCACGUUCUAUACGACUCUGGGGGGCAUGCGGGCUGUAGUGUGGACGGAUGCACUGCAGAUGGUAAUAUUAUUUGCUGGCCUCAUCGCCAUCGUUAUCGGCGGUCUCGUCAGCAUCGGCGGCUUCUCUAACAUGUGGGAGAGCGCCAAGAGAGGAGGCCGCGAUCGCUUAUUCAAGCAGGUUUUUGGCAAUGGUGCGUCAGCAAAAAUUCUCAGAUAUGUCAACAGAGGUUGGAACACAAAAGAGUUGCUGGGAAAAUUUAUGUCUAUCUGCACAGAACGAAUCGGGAACUUUUUAACAGGUUGUGGGGCGCCAGUGUAUUCUCAGUCGAAGCAGAUCCACUCAAUCCUACCAGGAAAACUCCAGGAUGGAGAGGCACCCAGCUGCCUCGCCGAUGCACCGUUUAUCACACCCAUGGAUUCAGACAUUGUGCCGGUGUUUGCCAUAGAGAUGCUCAGCGUUGUUAAUGGCGCUUCAGGUCUGUUCGUAGCCGCAUGCUACAGCGCCGCCUUGAGCACGGUGUCGUCCGGAGUUAACUCACUAGCAGCCGUGUUUCUCUUUGACUUCAUCCAACCCCAGUACGCGCUGAAACACGGACACGCCAUGUCACAAGUCACAGCAACACGAGUAUCAAAGUGGCUAGCUUGUGGAUUCGGCAUUGCCUCGGUGGGAUUGUCGUUGUUAUGCCAAUAUCUCACAAGCACAGUCAUCAGGCUCGCCAAUAUCAUAUUCGCAAUAGCAGGAGGACCUCUGCUUGGACUCUUCACUCUUGGUAUCUUGUUCCCCAAAGUGAACUCAAACGGCGCAGCGAGUGGCGUCGUGUCAUCGCUGCUCAUUAUAGGGUCGAUAGGUAUCGGAUCUCAGUUUAUCGACAACAGGCGGGAGAUGCUGCCGCUCAGCGUCGCUGGAUGUGCGUUCACCAACAUGAGCGAUGCUGCUGCCAGCACCGCGUCUCCAGCAAACCUAACCACGAACCCGUUCAUCGCCCCUAUCGCCGAGGAUAGACACUGGUGGACAUAUCUGCUGAGGAUCUCACAUUUCUACUACGCCCUCAUCGCCGUUAUCAUCUGCAUCGUCGUCGGCGUCGUCGUCAGCGCCAUGACAGGUAACAAUAAGAGUGUCGACCCGGACCUACUUUUCACACCUGUGACAAAGCUCAGCUGGUGUAUGCCGCCUGUCCGCGUGCCAGCAGAUGACACCGAUGCUGCCGCUAAAGUGCCAGCAGAUGACACCGAUGCUGCCGCUAAAGUGGUAAUGUAUUCGAACCGUGAAUGA